UUUUUUUUUCACUUUAUGAUUCUCACUUGGCUUAACCUGCUUCACGAAAAUUCUUCACUUUCCUCAGAACACAACCAUUUUCACGGCAUUUUGUUCUAAUUUGCUUCCAGUUUUCUUGCCCCAAGCAUUCUUUCACCACACCCUUUGAUGGAAUGUUCAUGUGAAAGUUGUUAUCUCUGAGCUAAAAACAGUGCUCUCUACGUGUUUGAUUUUAUGCCUCAAAGAGUUUCGCUUGUUGUUACUACCAUAACCUCCACUUGAAAAAGGUCUAUAGAGCGACCAUGUUGCUCUCUGUCUCUUGCCAAGGCGGCAAUGUCCUCAGCUCCAGCUUCCUUCAAUCACCAAACCCAUCUUUCAUUACCCUUGGGAAAAACAAAACGAGCUUUCAAAACGUUUAUGGUAAACCCCGGAGUUCGUCUCUUUCGGUUUCGUGUUCUUCUAUCAAAAUUGUUCGAAGUGCUCCACUAGACAAACACGUAGUGAAGCAGAACAAAAUCCGUUUCGUUCAAAAGCUGAAAACUUUGCUGCUUUCCAAGCCGAAACAUUUCAUUCCGAUCCACAUUCUCGCUAAAUGCCGUGCUUACCUUUGUGUGGACAAGCCUCGUUCCAUUCUCUCGAUGAUCUAUCGGUACCCGACGAUUUUUGAGCUCUUUACGAUCCCCAUGCCGGAGACUCCGUUAAACGCUACGAAAUCGGGAUAUCAGCUUUGCGUUCGUUUAACUCCCGCUGCUAAAUCCAUCGCUAUGCGAGAAUUGAGUCUUAAGUCUGCUAUGUCAGGUUUCUUGGCAAACAAGUUACAGAAACUUCUCAUGCUUUCUUCUCACCGUCGGCUUCUUUUGUCUAAGCUUGUUCACCUUGCUCCACAUCUCGGGUUAUCUCCGAAUUUUCGGUCCCGUCUUUGUAAUGAUCAUCCGGAUAAGUUUAAGGUUGUAGAUACCUCGUAUGGCAGGGGACUUGAGCUUGUGGAUUGGGACCCUGAGUUAGCUGUUCCAAUGAAAUCUCCUCCGAUGGACCAUGGGUUGAUUGUCGAUAGGCCUUUGAAGUUUAAACAAUUGAAACUCCGGAAAGGGCUGAAUUUAAAGCGACGACACCGGGAGUUUUUGAUGAAGUUCGAUGAAGUGCCCGAUGUUUGUCCUUAUAAUUCGUCUCUGGAAGACUUUGCAAUGUCAUUCAUUGAGGCUGAGAAAAGAGCUUGUGGAGUAGUGAGAGAGGUGUUGGGGAUGAUGGUUGAGAAGAGGACAUUAAUAGACCACUUGACACAUUUCAGGAAAGAGUUUGGGCUACCGAACAAGUUGAGGGCAAUGAUUGUUCGACACCCGGAGUUGUUCUACGUGAGUUUGAAAGGCAUGAGGGAUUCGGUUUUCUUAGUCGAAGGGUUCAAUGACAAGGGAGUUCUUUUGGAGAAAGAUGAAAGUUUAGUGAUAAGAGAUCAACUGAUGGCAUUAGUCGCCGAAGGUAAACAGAUUCGACGUGAGAAAAGGAAAGCUAGAAUUUACGGUGCAAUCGAUGGUGACCAUGAUAGCAACGACAACGUUGAAGUUGAAGAUGCCGAUUAUGACGACAGUGAUUACGAUGAUGGAUUUGAGAAUCUGUUCAAUUCUGAAGAUUCGGACCUUGAUUACGAUUUUCACGACGAUGAUAGCGGGAGCAGUAUGUUGUAUGCUAAUGGAGCAAAUGCAGAGUUUUGGACUGCUGAUUUCCCCUUUGCUUCCAAUAGGAAUUCUGGUGAUGACAAUAGAGAUUCAGAACCUUGGUAACGAUGAAUGAUGGUGCAUGCUGUACAUAUUUGUAAGUAAUUAAGGGUGAACGAGACACUUGUGCUCACAA